GCUCUCAUUCCCUGUUUUCCCUAAGCUUCCAAUCUCUCGUGGGGAACGCGCCAGCCCGGACCACGCCGCGACCCGAAGGACUAUCGUUCGGCAACUAUCGCCCACCGCCCAUCGGCCACUUCCAUCUUGGGCUUUGCCCUUCUACCAUUUAUCUUCCAUCUUCUUUCUUGCCGUCGUUUUUUUGCCCCGUCAAAGCCUUGCUCUCUAUCCUCAGUCCCGACGCCCCAAAGCCACGCCUCCGAACGCCUGCAAAUAUGGGUCUCCCGUAAGUCGACCUCAAAAAACACCUUGCGCCACGCAUCCGACCACUCAUCGCGCGCGCGGCGCACCGCUGGCAUCUCCCAACUCCUUCCAAAUCGCAUCGCGCUGGCGUCAUGUGCACGAAACGUGAGAAGUGACGAGACGGUCAGAAUUGCCCCCCCUGCGCGAUGGCGUUACGGACUGCCGCCACUGGUGGCUUUCUGCAAUUCGCACUCGCGCGGGCAGCAAUCGUUUUCCAACGCGCCGCAUCUCCAACGUCAUCAAGUCAUCUAACAAGACGCCAUUGUCAACGCUCUGCAGGCUGUACAAUGCCCCCGUCGAAUCCGAUGUUCGGUCGCGGCCCCCGCCGAAAAGCCCCGUCCACUCUAGGUCGGCCAUCCGUCGCGCCUACCGUGGCAGGUAUGAAGGCGGCGAGUGGGCCGAGGCACGGCAACGUGUCCUGGCACAGGAGAUCGGCAGACUGACGCGUGAGAGCAUCUCGGCCGCCGACGAGAUGGCCCGGGUGCCCCCGUGGGAUCUUGGACUGCUCAACCCUCUUCGGGAAGCCACCCCGUCGGUGCCGAGCAAUCGGGCCGGCGCGCGAUCUCUGCGCCCCGCCUUGCCCCAUGACGCAGUCGCACGACGGUCAGGCGGGCUCGACGAGCGUUCCGUCGCUGUCAUUGGCGAGCGCUGGGCCAACCUCUACACACGCGCCGGCCACGACGUGUCCCUGGCAGAUCGCGGUGUGUCGUCAAAUAUGCGUACUGUAUCCGGGCGCGAGGAGCGUGAAAGGGUUGAGCGAAGCGCCCAAGCCCCUCGUCGCGCAGAUGCACGGGGUUCGCGCGCUCCACGCAACAGGGCACGAGUUCUCAUCACAAGUCGCAUAUCGCCGCGCUCACUUUACAGCUCAAAUGUCGGCCGCUCAUCCAACUCGCCUCCUUCGCCGCCGCCGCCGCCUCCGGAUCUAGGUAGCCUAGACAGGCCGAAUCCGGUCCAGGAGCGGACGCAUCUAUCCCCUUCGCCGGAUCGCUACGUCCCUGGGGCGGCGAUGACAACUGCGCCAAUACAGUCGGCUCGGCUAGACGGGCUCGGUGACCGCAACCGUAGCCUUAGCAUGAGCCCGGCGGAGGACGGUUGGGACACGCUGCUCACAACUCUCACACCAGACCCCCAGCCAAGCGUGGGGUCAUCCUUUGCAUCCACAUCGGCAUCGCUCUCGGCUGCUACAUCACAGGGCGUCGCCACCGGUUCCUCGGCAAACACGUCCAUGACCGGACGAGACACUUUUACCAACGAAGACGUGUCGGACCCCUACUGCGAGUCCGGCUGCGAGAACUCCGAUACAGAGGGUGAUGAGGAUGAGGAUGACGAGGAUGCCGUCCGCCUUGCGCUCGCGCGCUUCCCAGGGAGUGGCAGAGCCUCGGGUCAUCGAUCUUACGCCGAGGUUGCCGGUCGCACGGGCUCCAACAGCAGCGGCGGAGAGGAUCCGCUGGAGUUCCUGGGUGAUAUGCAGCGCAUAGUGCGCCACUUUGCCCGGCGCGAGGACAUUCCCGAUGAGUGGUGGGCUGAGGUCGGCCUCAGUCGUACUCUUUCACGGGCGUCCAACUAGAUCACGGAACCCACCAGACAGCCAAGGAACAUGUGUCCAAGGCCGUUCUGCGCCUAACUUCGCGAUCUCACUACUCGCAUGCCCGCCCGCCGGGCAUUAAAACACGGGAGAGCCCUAUCGAGGACUGUUUGGUUCUUCUUCGCUUGCGUUUUUUUCUGGUCAUGUGCUUUGAUAUUCCACUAUAUCGUUGAUAAUUCUUGGGCGCUCUGGAGUAUUGGGGGGUAACGGAAAACAAACGCCGCAGGCUUGCGCAGCUUCGGUCGUGGGACACUGGGAUUAUUUAUGGGCUUGUGGCAGGGAGAUGAUAAUUUAUACAUUGGCACGUUCGAGAUGGCCUGAGCGGAUGAUAAAUGUUCUGUAUUAGUUCUUGUGAUUUGGGGUGUCUCCAGGCCUUUGGAAAGGAACGAGAUGAAUAACGUACACACACAAUCAAAUGAGACUCGUAUCUGGACUGUACUUAUAUAGUAUGUCUUUAUCUACCGAUCUUGCUGGGUUAUAUCCAAGGUUUCCCGUUGUAGCUCAGAAUGACAGAUCUCGCUUGAAGCACCGGC